GAAAAACUGGUGGGAGAAAAAAGGAAAAUGUUGUGACGAAAUUGCUGACGUUAGCUGCUAGUCGGAGCAGGCCGUGUGUUUAUUCUAUGAAGCUGAAAUUUAACAUUUGUCAUGUAACCUGAUGGAGCCAAGCCUGAAUUCCCACGGAACAAAAGACAGAAGGGGAAAUGGGCAAAAGCUGUGGUGAAAAAGAGGCAGGAGAGUCGGGGAGAAAGAGAAGGGAGGACAUGCAGCACAGGGCCUAAGGUCGGGCUCAAUCCCGGGCCACUGCAAUAAGGACUGAGCCGUCAUGAACAGUUGAAGCUCUAAUCUUAAGCCACUCAAACCACAACACACAACAUGCAGGAGGACUCUAGCCGCAGUCCCAGCUACACAGUGGCAUGCGAGGACUACGUCCAUGUGGUGGAGUUCAGUCCUUUCAGCUCUGGAACCACUGCCUCUCUCCUGGCCUACGGUGGAAACCAGUAUGUGGUAGUGGGCACCUGCCUCUUCCAGGAGGAGGAUAUGGAGAUUGAGGGAGUUGAAUUCAAUGUCCUUCGAGUUUUCCAUCACGAUUUACGCGUCGAUGCUCUUGCCUGGAGCCCUGAAUCCCGGCUGGACAGGAUACCGACUAUCAGAUUUUGCACUGCUGCAGCUGACAGAAAGCUACGCCUGCUGACUUCUGAUCUUCAGGAUAGGCAUGAAGUCAAGGUGAUGGAGGGACACACCAGCUACAUUAACCAUUUGGUGUUCGAGCCCACAGAGGGGAAACAAAUUGCUUCCGUCAGUGAUGACCACACUUGCAGGGUGUGGAACCUGGAUGGGAAUGAAAGCACCACUCUCAGACUGCGCUCUCCGGGCAUCAGCGUGUGCUGGCACCCAGAGGAGGUCUUCAAGCUAAUGGUGGCGGAGAAGAAGGGGACAAUUCGCUUCUACGACCUGGUCACCCAGCAGGCCAUUCUGUCUCUGGACUGCGGACAGUCGCCGCUCAUGUCGGCCGACUGGUGCCUCACCAACACCAUCAAAGUCGGCGCUGUGGCGGGCAACGACUGGCUCAUCUGGGACAUCACUCGUUCCAGUUACCCGCAAGAAAAAAGGCCAGCGCACAUAGAUAAAGCACGGUUAUUCAAGUGGUCUCGCGCCAAUGAAAACCUCUUCGCCACCACUGGUUGUCCAGGAAAAAUCAGUAGUCAGUUACUCAUCCACCAUCUUGGCCACCCACAGCCAGUGAUGAUCGGAUCAGCACCGGUAGGAUCGGGCCUCAGCUGGCACCGGACGCUUCCGCUCUGCGUGAUCGGCGGCGACAGGAAACUUUGCUUUUGGAUGACUGAGAUGUAGACGUCUCUGCGGCACAAUCCACGGUCAGCUACAGAUAAACAGCAGGCUGGUCUGGUCUCUGCGAAGGGCUCACUUUUCUUUUCUCCGAAGAGUGAGUUACAUCAGUUGUCUGUUAUGUCCUGCCAAGAGAGCUGUAGUUCAAAGGAAUGUGCCGAGGCUUCGGUGCCAAAUCUCCACUUCAC